UGCAAGAUGGCCACCUCCACUUAAAUAAUGUGAAAAGUUAGGCCGAGGCCUUUGUUAUCUCAUUGAGCCAGUCGCAUUGUCAACUUGCUGAGAGUAAGUUCCUUACAUCCUUUUCUUGUCUUUAUUUUACAAUGAUUCAUAUAAUUUAAUAAUAGUGUAAAAGUUAUUUCUAAACAUAUUUUGAAUAUUAAAAGCAAAUUUCCCAGCAGAAUUCAUCAUGAUGUACGUAUAGUACUGUGGAGGGACCACUGGGUUUUUCAGUGGCAUCGAAAGAAUGAGUGGCCACUAAUUUUUCAUUGUAGUGUCAGGUGCGUUUAUGUUACAUGAGUGCAUACAGUACAGAGAGAUAUAUCCUUCCAGGCUCACUUAUUGUAUCAGGCGGAUGGAUGGCUUAUGCCACUUAUGGAAACAAACCAGAUCAGACACCAUGGAAUCUACAAGCUUACAAAAACUCUGUUGUUUUUCAUCAACAACAUUUUAUUAUUUCAAAUUAUGCUGGUGUUGAAAAUAUGUUUAUGGACGCAAAGUCCAUGUAGGGCUUAGGCCUGCCUCACCACAUCCUUCCAGACCUAACUGAUGCUUUUCUUUUCCGUGCUUGGAUUCCAAGCAGCGUAAGCUGUCAACAUCAUCCAUCCAUCUUAGCUUAGGUCUGCCUUUGACACAUUGUCCUCUGGGGUUUUGGUGGUGCACCCUCUUCACUCCUCUGACAUUUUUCAAUUUUUUAUAAGUGUCCAGCACAGUGUAGACUGUGCCUUUUUUGUUUCUGCAACUAGCGUGAUAUCCUGAUAUAGGCUAUACAAUUCCUGGUUGGUUUGCGUUCUCCAUCCAUAUUCAUUAAUUUACUAUACAUUUUUAAAUUCAUUUAUCAUUUAUGAAAAAGGGGUGGGUGGGGCUAAUGUCUAAACUUUGUGAUUAAAAGAGCAACCUAACUGUUGACUGAAUAGUGUAGAGCUCAUUGCAUGGUUAACAAAAGUGAGACCAAGUUGUCAACCAAAUGUACCUUUUUUUUUCUACUUUGACUACUAAGGAUUUUCCUCGGUGUUAUGUGAUCUUUUUUUCAGCUUGUCACUUCUAUUUGUAAUUAUAUGUAUAAUAAGAAUUGAACAGUUAUUUCUUUAUAUAGAUAUCUUACUUAAAUGCUUUUGCUUUUAUAAAAUGCAAAAGCAUUUAAGACAUGAAUGAAAAUAUAAACUUAUAAUAUAGUUUUAAUAUAGUUAUAGUAAAUACAGAUGGGGUUUUUAAAUUUCAUCAACUGAACAUUUUAAAAUAAUUAUUUUAGUUAAGGAAUCAUACUUAUCAAUAUACAAUAAUUUUUGUUUUAUGUUUAUACAUAGUUAUAUGGAAUUUUUUUUAUCCAUGGCAACCAACCCACCCAAAAGUACCGCUGUUGAAUACGGUAAAUCAAAUCAUAACAUAAAAUAUUUUAUUUCUGCUGCAUAAAGCAUUGCAUUAUCCUAAAUAAGAUGAGGUAAGAUCCUGUUAUUGAUCCAAAUUAAAAAAAUGUAAUUAAAAUGUACAUAUUCAUUUUCAGCACAUACAUAAAUAUUCUUACAGAGACAAACAUUUUUUAAAAUAUAACAAUUUUUAACACAAGACAUCUUAGGGGCAUUUUCUAAAUUUUAUUGGUUGAGUAAAAAAUAAAAGAAGUUUAUUUUAAAAAAAAACACUUUAGCCUAAUUUGUUAUAAUGAUUAUUGGUGAUGUCUGCCAUCUCUUAGCAUGAGUGCUUAAAACUAUAAUCCCCAUUUAAGUGAACAAAUUACCUCUUUAAAUUAAUUUUAAAUAUAAUUAACCAAAUAGGUUAGUUCACCAUUUAAUGUCCUGUUAAGUGGAAUCAGGCUUUUUAUACUACAAUAAAUUCUUAAUUGUUUUAUUGUUUUAUUGUUUAAAUGUUGCAGACUAGAGAAGAGGACAAAGAAAUACAAAAUUUAACAGAAAUGUCAAGCUCAAGAAUGUUUGCAGUUAAUAGUUUUGAUUUCCUGGAAAUAUUGACAUACUUUUUUGCAUGGACGACACUCUACUUCCUGCUGUGCCUUUGGAAUCCAUCAAGGAGCUAUGAAUGGCACUGCAGGACAGUUACAGUGCUGCAUGCAGUGGGUAUAACAUUGAUGGCAAUCUACAGCACCUACGUUAUUGGCCCUUGGCCGUUUACAAGUGCAGGUUAGUUCAACUCAUCAUCAUAAUAAAUGAAAAAGCUAUUUUUUCCUCACAUGAGUAAAAUGCAACUUAUUGAUAGAUGAAUUAAAAAAAAAAAGUUUAUGUACCUAAUAACGUGCCGUUUAAAAGAAGUUAUAUAACUGCACAGAAUGCUGGGGGGGGGAUUCACAGUUAAUUCAUGUGAUACAGGAGUUAAACAUUUUAUAUUUAAGAAAAGUGUAAAUUUUAAAAGAAAAAAAGUAUUUAUCAUAGUCUGAAGUACUUAAAAGACGAACUUACCUUAGUUAUUUAAGAAUUAAAUUAAGUAACACUCUUGUAUAAACUCUUCAGUAAAUUUUAUAUUAAAUUAUAUAUUUAUCUUAUUUAUUACUCUAUCUAGUGGCAAACUUUUUUCAUUCUUAGAAGUAAUGGGCAGAAACGAGUUUGGUCUUCUUAACAAACAAAUGGUUUUUUCUCUGGGGAGAUGAACUUACCUUAAUUAUUGUUUUUAAGAAUUAAAUAAAGUAAUACUCUUGUAAAACUCUUCAGUAAAUUAUAAAUUUAUUUUAUUUAUCACUCUAUCUUAAAGCAAACUUUUUUCAUUCUUAGAAAUAAUUAGCAGAAACUAAAUUGGUCUUUUAGGCAAAACAAAUGUUUUCACCCUGGGGAUCGGAAGCCUUGAUGAGUCCGAGCACUGUCAAUUCUCACAUUAACAUGUAAAUGUUGUGUACAAAAGCCUAAUUACGCCUAAUGAAAAUAUUUAUACACCAUUAGAUCUGAUAAUAAUUAAAACUAUUAAAACAUUCUUCUUUCAAUAAUAUACUGUAAUUAAAUAUUUAAUUGAGUGUUCUGGGAAAAAAUGUUUGAGAUCACAGUAUACGGGUAUGUGAUAUAAUAUAGUUGAUGUCAAAUCUUUUUUGUUUCGUUGUGACUGCUUUAAACAUAUUCCAGAGGGCUUAACAUAGUUAACAAACUACUUUACUUUAUGUUUUUAGGUGGGCCAAAUUCACCCAUGCAAAUCAGAACAGUUGGGCUGUGUUUAGCUUAUUUCCUAUUUGAUUUUGGAUGGUGUUUAUAUUUUAAAACGGAAGGUAAGACUGAUCAUCAUAUUUUACAAUCCACUUUAGAUGAAUAUGUAAAAAAAACGAAACUAAAGUAAACAGCUAACAAUUUUAGCUUUAGUGGACAGAUAAUACUAGUGAGUUAAAUCUUAUGAAAGUUGACGACUGUUGAUAUAUUAGCAUAUAGUUUUCCAUCUAUUCAAUUUUACAUAAUUUUGUUUACAUGGAAAAUAUGCAAUGUAAUUAAGUUAAUUUCCAGUUUAGAUUCUUCAACUCAAAUACAAUUAGAAGACAUUCCUGAUUGUCUUAUCAAUGUGUAAAUUUUUAUAUACCCAAGUGGAUUGUUUAUUGUCAUGUAAGUCUGUUGUUGAUUGUUAAGUAAUUUAUUUGCUUUCACAUCGUAAUCAAUAUAUAUCUUGUUUUUCUUUGUUAUAUCUAUUUUAACGGGUUUUCUUUUCUUAUGGAUGGAAGUUUAACUAUUAAGAAAACUCGUCAUAUUUUGGAGGGUGUCAUUAUUUCUAGUGGGAUAAAUGUUGCUAUAUUCACAAUUGUGUUUUCUCUCAAGGUCCCGUGAUGAUCGCUCACCACUUACUCAGCAUAGUUGGUCUUUCGUGGUGUUUGUUUGCUGGAUACUAUGGGACAGAGCUGGUGGCAACUAUAGGGGGAGCCGAAGUAACUAACCCUCUGCUGCAGCUCAGAUGGUUCCUCAGGCAGACUGGCUAUUAUAAAACUAUAGCUGGUGACAUUGUAGACUGGGCUUUCAUCUUGUCUUUUGGUUUUAUACGCAUCAUCCUAGGCUCCAUGCUGCUCUAUUCAUACUACCAGCAGGUUAGUAAUACAGAAAGCAUGAUGGCUGGACUGCAGUAGAGCUGUUUAGAAAUCAUUAUAGCUGUAAAUAAAGCUGCAUAUUAGGCCAUAGAGUUAAAGAGAUUGAACAUUAAAUAAGUCUUCUGGCAAUCUAGAAUUUUCCCUCUCUCCUUCAAUACACCCACACACCCCCUCCCCCAUCUCAUUAUGAAGACCAGCUACAAAACAUAACAUGCUAUGUGGCAAUGCUGCUAUGAUAGGCCAUGUGGCAAUGCUGCUGUAAUUGGCAAUGUGGCAAUGCUGCUAUUAUAGGCAAUGUGGCAAUGCUGCUGUAAUUGGCAAUGUGGCAAUACUGCUAUAAUUGGCUAUGUGGCAAUGCAGCUGUAAUAGGCUUUGAAAAAAUUACAAAUACCAGAAUAUUGAAAAAAAAUGCAAGAGAAUAUAAGGAGAUGGGGGGGGGGGGAAUGAAACAUCUGCUUCACUUAAAGAGAUUAGUUUAUUGAGCUAGCUAGAUGCGCAGAGCUAAGUUAAUUAUGGAUUUUUCUAAAAAAAUCUAAACUUUGAAAAAAUUAAAAAAACCCGAAUAUUGAAAAAAAAUGCAAGAGAAUAUAAGGAGAUGGGGGGGGGGGGAAUGCAACAUCUGCUUCACUUAAAGAGAUUAGUUUAUUGAGCUAGCUAGAUGCGCAGAGCUAAGUUAAUUAUGGAUUUUUCUAAAAAAAUCUAAACUUCUGCUGUGUUGUAGACCAAUUAAAGUAUUCCUUGUUACAAUCAUUAAAAGUUACAUAAAAUGUACUAAUUUAAAUUUCAACAAUUGUUUAAAAAAACUGCUCUUUUAUGAAGUUUCACCAAAAAAAAAAUUAUUUUCAAAAUACCUGGACUGAAGAAAGCACAUGAUAUAUAAUUCUUAAAGAAAGCGUUCAUUGAAAAUGAAAUAUAUUAUUUAUUAGUUAGUAGUUGCUGCCAUUUUUUUUAAAGCCAGAUAAAUAUAUACUGAAUGUUAAUUUAUUUUAAAUAAAGCAAAAGAUAAAUGACUCUACCCUUAUGAAUAAUAAUUUAAAUUCAAGUAUGCACUAUAGUUACAAUGGCUUUUUUUAAAGUCCAGAUAAAUAUAUAAUGAAUGUUUAUUUAUUUUAAAUAUUGCAAAAGAUAAAUGAAACAAUCCUUAUGAAAAAUACUUUAAAUUAAAUUUUGCAUUGACAAUGGAAAUUACAAGAUGGCUGAAAAGAAAAAGAUGAAAUUAUUAUUUUUUUCAUGACACAGCUCUGUUGUUAAUUAUUCCCCAUUGAUCUAUUGUUUGAUUGCUUGCAGGACACUGACUUCUGGGGUAGGCUGGGAGGCACGUGCAUUUACAUCAUAGGCUGGAUUUUCUUCUUAGGCAUUUUGAACUAUGUUAUACGAAAGUACAGCAGACGUUACACAAACAGGGUAGGGAAAGUUUCAGCAAAUGAGGCGACUGGCAGCCAAAGAAACGGCAGUGUGGCAUCGACAUCUGAAGAUUUUCCUAGACAGGAUGUGAAGACGUGCGUUGGCGGAGUCACGGGUGAGCAAGAGAUUCUCAGUGUCAGGGAAAUCAAAGAUGGGAAUAACGGACUCUUUGUGAGAGAUGCAUUCAAGAAUUCAUGUUCAUAGCAUAUGAACAUGCACAAAAAUAUUUGUAAUCUAUUGAAUGAAAUUAAUUGGAAACCACAGCACGAGUUUUGAAACAAGUUUUAAUGCAUUUUUAGUUUGAAAGUUGUAUAAGAAAAUUAAUUCAAAAGUGGCAUGUAAAAAAAAAUAUUAGACUUAAUUAUAAAUGUGUGUAAAGUGUAGAAAAUUGUUUAAAAUGUUUCUUAAGAUAUCGUUUAAUUUGUACAAAAACCAUAUCUGUAUCCUUGCAGGGAAAUUUAAUAUAAUUUCUUUCACAUUGCAUAUUAGAAAAGCUGUACUCUUUAAGGUCGUGGCGUAAAAAUUUACUGUUUCAUCAGAAAGAUUUUUACUAUUUUAAGUUGAGUUGUGAGUUGAGCCUUCUCGUCCAUGAGGGGCAUCCACCGAUCAUCGUCGGCGUCUGCGGUUCCUCC